UAGGUUUUUGUAUAAACGAUUUUUAAAUAUUGGAGUUCUCUUUUGUGUGAGUGAGAGCCCCUGCAGUGGAAGUGUCCGUCAGCUGGGAAAGGUGGGGUCAUAUUACAGGAAGCCAAGAUGGCUGACUUUGAGGAGCCACUGUCAGAUGAAGAGAAGGUCCGCAUAGCGGCAAACUUUGUCACUCAUGCUCCACCUGGAGAGUUCAAUGAAGUCUUCAAUGAUGUUCGACUUCUUCUCAAUAAUGACAACCUCCUCAGAGAGGGGGCUUCCCAGUCCUUUGCUCAAUACAACAUGGAUCAGUUUACUCCUGCCAAAAUCGAAGGAUAUGAAGACAUGGUCCUGAUAACAGAGCAUGGUGAUUUGGGUCAGGGGCGAUUCCUGGACCCACGCAACCGUUUAUCGUUCCGCUUCGAUCACUUGAGGAAAGAGGUCAGUGAUGUGCAGCCCCAUGAUGGAGAGGGGGCCCUGAGAAGCUGGAGAGAUGCCUGUGACACUGCCCUUAGUGCCUACGUCAAAGAGCACUACCCUACAGGAGUCUGUACGGUGUAUGAGAAAACAGUUGAUGGUCAGCAGACAAUUAUAGCCUGCAUUGAAGGACAUCAGUUUCAACCCAAAAAUUUCUGGAACGGCCGCUGCAGGUCAGAGUGGAAGCUCACUCUUGGUCAGUCCUCUGCUCAUGUGGUUGGAGUUUUGAAAAUCCAGGUGCAUUACUAUGAAGAUGGGAAUGUCCAACUGGUUAGUCAUAAGGAGGUUGAAGACUCAGUUGUAGUGACUAAUGAAAGUCAAACCGCAAAGGAAUUUGUUGAAAUAAUUAGGAAUGCUGAAAAUGAAUACCAGACUGCAAUCAAUGAAAACUACCAGACUAUGUCUGACACGACCUUCAAGGCUCUGCGUCGCCAACUGCCUGUAACGCGCACCAAGAUCGACUGGAAUAAGAUCCUAAGUUACAAAAUUGGCAAGGAGAUGCAGAAUGCCUAGUGGAGGAAGGUCGGGGACUGACCAGGAUGAUGCACACUCCCAUGGGCCCACAACCCAUCUAUAUAUGCGCAAGGACUAACCAAAGCAUAACUAUAUUAAUGUGGGGAAGGAAGUAAAGUAAAAUGUAACUCAAUGUUAGCGGGCUGCUGUCACAGAUGGGUCUGCUGUAAGGAAGGUGCAGGUAUUAUGAAAAUGAUGUUUUGGAGAAAAGGUUUUACUUUUGAAUAUGUGUUGGGACAGUGUGCAGGGCUGUGCUCAGGACUGCUUCAUUAAAAAAACAACAAAAUGUUUAAGAAAUCAUGUAACUGUGUACCUUCAGGUUAAAACAAGGGUUUUGGUGAAACUAAUCCAGAGUCACUGCUCUCAGCACACAGGGCACAAAGCAGCUGUUGACAGAAACCAAGCACACAAUCUCAUAUCAGGGAUUGACUUACGUGGGAAAUUAAUUUUCCAAAAGGUUUUUUUUUCAGUCAUUGUUUACUUUGCAUGGUUGGACUGAAAAUCAGCUUCAGUAUUGGAAUUUUAAUAUGGCCAGAAAAGGAAAUUAGGUAAGGGUAAGUUACACACAACAGACAGAAGGUUAAUAGUAUUGCUCAUCUGUAAUACAUAAUCCAAACACAGUUCAAAGCAUUUAAAUGUUAAGUAAAGCCUAACACAGCCCUGUUGUACAAGUGUUCUAGCAGCUGUAUGUUUUUCUGUCAGAUCCGAGGGAAUGUUCACCAUCUCUGCUGAGCUCCGCUAAUGCUUUAUCUCUCCAUUCAUGCAAGUUCUGGCGACAGAAUUAAGAUAAAGCCACAUCUGCUGCAUCCAUUUUACAUCCUCUGUUCACUUUUUGGUAUCAACUUUGCUGUAAAUGGUUUUCCUUUUUUUGCAAAGGAAAGCAUGGUCAUAUUAACCAAAAUUUAUUUGCCAAAAUCUCUUUCCUAUGGUAAAGAACUCCAUCUCCCUGCUCACAUGUUUAAAAUUUCUAUUUUACUAUACUGUCUUUUUUUGCUGGAGUCUUAGCACAUUGCACUCAUAAUUGUUCAAACUGUAUAAGUCGAUGCCAAGUGAAUGCAAAGACGUCGCCAUGUGGCAAGAUGAUAUACUGUAAAUGUAGCGUGACUCCUACCAAACACCUGUUCUACAUGUCUUAUGAGUAGGCUGACUCUUGAUUAGUUACUUGUUAGCCACGCGAUGUGCUGUGUUCGAACGCCAUUAUAUAAGAGUGUGCUGAUGAGUUAUAAAGGUAUAGACUGUACUGCCCCAUCCUGUUCAAAUAAACUGACUUACAAUCCAA